UACAGACCCGGGCGAGACUCGCAAAUAGGUUUGUGGAGCGGCAGAAGGGAGAGCCGUGAAGAAGGGAGGAGGCGAGGAGGGAUUAAUCCGUGCUAAAUCCGCCGGAGCUUCAUUCACUGACAUCUCCUAGGAGGAGGAGGCACCGCUAUCCGGGAUCUCCACCAUUCCGACUGGGGACGAGUCACUGCUCUCUGGGCUUUCUUGCAGCAAACAUGCCAAGCCAGGUGAAGGCAACGUCAGGAGUGAUCCAUGUAGAGGAGGAGGAGGAACUGGUCACCUAUCCGCCUGGAGACUCCCUGCAACUCAAUGCACACAUCCCAGACUUCAACAUAUACCAGGCUUUGUACGACAAGUCCAUCCACCACCCCCAAGAAUUUUGGACAGAGGUUGCCUCUGAAUUCUAUUGGAAAUCCCCUCCCAGCGGCAAAGUGCUGGAUUACAAUUUUGACAUCACAAAAGGCAAUAUAUUUGUGGAAUUCAUGAAAGGGGCGAAAACCAAUGUGUGCUACAAUGUGCUGGACAGAAAUGUCUUAGAGAAAAACCUCGGGGCUAAGACGGCCUACUUCUGGGAAGGUAAUUCGCCUGCAGAUUCUUCUGUAAUUUCCUAUGGUGAUUUACUGAUAAAAGUCUGCAAGCUGUCAAAUGCCUUGAGGAAGUUGGGUGUGAAGAAAGGAGAUAGAGUGGCCAUCUAUUUGCCAAUGAUCCCGGAGCUGGUGUAUUCAAUGUUGGCAUGUGCUCGGAUUGGCGCAGUUCAUUCUAUUGUGUUUGCAGGAUUUUCCUCAGAGUCCCUUUGUGAAAGAAUCCUGGACUCCCAGUGCGCUGUACUCAUUACUGCAGAUGGUGUUUUCAGAGGUGAAAAAUUGAUCAACUUGAAACAUAUCGCAGAUGAGGCAGUUCAUAAAUGCAAAGAAAAGGCUCACACUGUGAAGAACUGCAUUGUGGUAAAACACCUCAGUGGAAGGCUCAACAACCAAAAUAAAUCAAAACUUCAGGUUUCCUGGAACCCAGACAGUGAUUUGUGGUUGGAUGAGCUGAUGGUAGACGCAAAAGAAGAAUGUGAACCUGAGUGGCUGGAUUCAGAGGAUCCUCUUUUCAUUCUCUAUACCAGUGGCUCUACUGGGAAGCCUAAGGGAGUGCUUCACACAGUUGCAGGAUAUCUACUUUACACAGCACUAACCUUCAAGUAUGUGUUUGACUACCAUGAAGAUGAUGUCUAUUGGAGCACAGCUGACAUUGGAUGGAUUACAGGUCAUUCUUACAUCACUUAUGGUCCGCUAGCUAAUGGUGCUACUAGUGUCAUGUUUGAAGGCAUUCCUACCUAUCCACAUGUGGGGAGAUUCUGGGAAAUCAUUGAAAAGUAUAAAGUGACCCAGUUUUAUACGGCACCCACUGCCAUCCGCCUGCUCAUGAAGUAUGGAAAUGAAGUCAUUCAGAAGUAUGAUUUAAAUUCUUUGAAGAUUCUUGGAACUGUAGGAGAACCCAUCAAUCCAGAAGCCUGGCUGUGGUACUAUAAUGUCAUUGGCAAUAAGAGGUGUCCCAUUGUUGACACCUUUUGGCAGACAGAAACGGGAGGUCAUGUGAUCACUCCUCUCCCGGCUGCCACUCCACUGAAACCUGGAUCAGCUACUUUUCCAUUUUUCGGUGUGGUCCCUGCUGUUCUGAAUGAGCAUGGAGAAGAACUGGUCGGGGAAGCUGAAGGCUAUCUAGUCUUUAAGCAGCCAUGGCCAUCUAUAAUGAGGACUGUGUAUGGCAACCACGAGCGUUUUGAGAAUACAUACUUCCGAAAGUUUCCAGGAUACUAUGUGGCUGGAGAUGGAUGCAAAAGGGAUAAGGAUGGAUACAUCUGGAUUACAGGUCGGAUAGAUGACAUGCUGAAUGUGUCAGGCCACCUGUUAAGCACUGCCGAGGUCGAAUCUGCACUGGCAGAGCAUCCAGCAGUUGCAGAAUCAGCGGUAGUUAGCCGCCCACACACUGUGAAAGGAGAAUGUAUCUACUGCUUUGUCAUUCUGAAAGAUGGAAAGAAAUUUACAGAAGUGAUUUCAGAAGAACUUAAAAAACAAGUUCGUGAGAAGAUUGGACCUAUAGCAACACCAGAUUUUAUACAGGAUGCUCCCGGAUUACCAAAAACACGAUCAGGUAAAAUAAUGCGGAGGGUCCUCAGGCAGAUUGCCCGGAAUGAGAAAGAUUUGGGAGACAUCUCUACACUGGCAGAUCCCAGCAUAGUGGAGGUCUUGUUCAGCCAACGAUGUGAAGCAGCAGCAUGAAGGAAUUUUAAGAUUCGUUACAGUAGACAAUCUGUUUUAUAGUCUGAAUAUUCCAUACCUCUUUAUGUAAAUAUUUUAAUAUCCAUCCAUACGAAGAUCCCUCCAAAUCAGGAUUGGCUUUCUGCACAAAGAAGUUAUCUAGGUAUAUCUUCAGGGUGUGCUGGCCGUGAAACCUGCCCAUGAAGAGAAUAAUUGAUCUUAUAUUUUACGUUGGCUGGGUAUAGCCAUGGAAAUUAGUUUCUGUCAAUAUUUAUGUUGAGCUAAUGUGUUCUGCAGUCAUUUAAUGAUACUUUAAAUACUAUAAUAUGAUUAUUUUCUUUUAGUUGAUAUAAUCAGCUUUAAGCCAUAAUUUUUUGGUUGAAUGUAUUUUAUUUCCAGGUAAGCUGACACUAAAAGAGGUUCUAAUUUAAAAUGACUGGUGCAAAGGAAACAAACAAAAAUGAAACAUCCGUCCAGAGUGUUCAAAUACAUAUCAAUUUAGGUCUCUACGUUAAUCUGUUAGUGAUUUACUUCUGCUCCAGUUUCUUUGCACCGAUCAUUUAAAUAAGCCCUAUAGUGAAGGCUGUUGGGUCUUCAUUUGCACAAUGACCGCUUGGGGACGAGGGGCAAAAUUCAGACCUAAUGGUGCAGUUACCCAUAACAAACAAUCUGAUUUUACAUGCAGCAAGUAUUGUUUGCUAUAAGUUAGUUACAUUUUUUUUGUCAAUUGUUCUACUUGUUAGUAAAGUAGUUCAGACCGCAAUGGUAGUGCAGGAUAUUUUAUGCACUAGUUCAGUCUAGUGGAACUAAUAGAAGAUUGAUUAAUCGGUUGGAUGUUUGCUAUGAAUUACGGUACUGUACAGAGCAUUUCCCUUUGCCUUCUUAGAUAAAAGGCUACCGACUUUCUGAUCUUACAAACUGCAUACUAAAUGAAUGUAAGGGUAAAGGCAAUGAAUGUAUGAACAAAAUGUCACACAAUGUUUUUUAUUGUUGCACAGUUGCCACACAAGCCUGUAUGCCUCAAGCUCAGUCCUAUUUUUCUUCUUGUUCUUUUUUUUUAUUUUUAUUUUUUUAGCAUAGUGUAAAAAAGUCAAAUAGCUGAUUGGUUGGUGCAGGCAACACCACCCUAAAUCUUUCAUAGAUUUACACUGUUCAGCUAAUUAAUGUAUCUUUAAAGUAAAACUAAAGGCAACAUUUUGAAAAAAAAAAAUUGGAUGGAUUAGUUGUCUGUGCCCCUAUCAUGGAGAUUCAUCCUUUGUCCAUUUUAACGUUAUCAGGAAAAGUGAAAGUAAAAAAAGUCUAAAUUUUGGGUUUUAUCCAGAACAGCAACAGAAGGGACAUUUUCCAAUGGAGACACUGGUUCUGCUGACAGCCAAGGAUUCCCUCGCUUUGGGGGGAUUUUCUCUCGCUUCCUUUUGUGGCUAUGAGACAGGAAGAGAAGGGAAAUGUCCCCAAUGGGACACAUAUAGAGAAACAUGCCUGGCAGGCAGUAGUUCUACUUUAAAGCAAAUAUUUAGUGAAUGACUGGUAAAUUAAUUAUUUAGUGAAUGAAAGGACACAAAAGUAUUCAAAUUCAAAAGUGGUGAAACGUGUUCUGGAUGGUAAUUGCAAGAAUACAUGUUGCAAAACCUCUUAACAGUUUGUGAAAAUAAAUUGCCAUGCAGCAUACUAGUGA